AGUAUUACAUCUGAUUGGUAUGAGAGAAGCACAUUCUCUGACGAAACAUCUUUACGACACUCAAAGUAAACACAAACUGCUUUACAGCAGCACUAAACAUGGUGUCCCAAUUUAGCGGUGUUUUGCAGUUGACAGAUCUAGAUGAUUUUAUCACUCCUUCCCAGGAAUGUGUGAAACCAGUCAAGGUGGAGAAGAAGCAAGGCAGAUCUGUGGCUAAAAUUCAAAUAGAAGAUGAUGGGAGCUAUUUCCAGGUUACACAGGAUGGUGGAAAGCAGAAGCUGGAGAAAGCUAAGAUCACUCUGAAUGACUGCCUGGCCUGCAGUGGCUGCAUCACCUCAGCUGAGAGUGUCCUUAUCACACAGCAGAGUCAUGAAGAGAUUUACAGGGUGCUACGCAACAACAAGCAGGCAGGUGUAGCAGAGCAGAAGGUGGUGGUGGUGUCUGUGUCCCCACAGUCCAGAGCCUCCCUGGCAGCACGCUACGGCCUGAGCAGCAGUGAGGCAGGCAGGAGACUCACCGCCUUCUUCAAGGGUCUGGGGGUUCACCACGUGUUUGACACCAGCUUCAGCAGGACCUUCAGCCUGUUGGAGAGUCAGAGAGAGUUUGUGGAGCGUUUCCAUCGGAAGGAGCAAGACAAGCAGGCCCUGCCCAUGCUGGCCUCUGCCUGCCCAGGUUGGAUCUGCUAUGCAGAGAAAACCCAUGGAGAGUUCAUCCUGCCCUACGUCAGCUCCACCCGCUCCCCACAGCAGAUGAUGGGCUCUCUGGUGAAGGGCUUCUUCGCUGGCCAGCAGGGCCUGAACCCACAGCAGAUCUACCAUGUGACUGUGAUGCCCUGCUAUGAUAAGAAACUGGAGGCCUCCAGGCCUGACUUCUACCUGGAGGAGGCUGACACCAGAGAGGUGGACUGUGUCAUCACUUCAGGAGAAGUUCUGAAGAUGCUAGAGGAAGAGAAAGUGUUGCUCAGCGAUGUGGAGCCAGCCCCAUUAGAUACAAUGUUCAGCAGUGUGUGUGGUGAUGAGUUGCUGGGCCAUGCAGGGAGCGGUUCAGGAGGAUACCUCCAUCACGUGUUCACACACGCUGCCAGACAGCUGUUUGGAGAGGAGGUGAAGGAGCUCACCUACAAGACACUCAAGAACAAGGACUUCCAGGAGGUGACCCUGGAAAGGGACGGUGUGGUCGUGCUGCGUUUCGCCGCAACCUACGGUUUCCGCAACAUCCAGAACCUGGUGCAGAAACUCAAGAGGGGAAAGUCACCCUACCACUUCGUAGAGGUCAUGGCCUGUCCGUCAGGUUGUCUGAAUGGGGGAGGCCAGGUGAAGCCCUUACCAGAUCAGAACAACAAGGAGUUGCUGCAGCAGGUGGAGGAUCUGUACAAGGAGGAGCGCCCUCUAGUGCCAGAGGAGGACCAGCACGUGGCAGAGCUUUACCAGUCCUGGCUACAGAGUGUAGGAGAGGAGAGAGCCAGGGAGCUGCUGCACACACAGUACCAUGCAGUGGACAAGGCCACCAACGGACUCCUUGUCAAAUGGUGAAGAAGAGGGUGAAAGGAUGUUGAAGGGUUUCUGUAAGUGAAUGGUCUGUCCUCAAGUGUCAGGGUGCAUCUCAAGUGUCUAAAGUAGCCCUCUCUGUUUCAUCUCCAUUGAGUUUAACACAGGUUAGGUGGAAGCAACAUGGCCGGUUCUUGUUGGGUAUUUUCUGUCACCUGUCUUAGUUCUUUAAUAUCAGUAGAAAUAAAGAAAAAGGCAUGAUGCCCAUACAUUUUGUCUAUUGAGAUGCAUCCCUAUUCUAGGAUUAUUUGAACCAUUGAGUGAAAUCAUACAACUUGACCUUGGGUUAAUGUUUAUGCUCCAUCUGUACUGGAUGACUGAAUGUAGCACUUUCCUUCACCGUCUCUUUGUCUCUCUCCUCUCUGCUUUUAAGGACCCCCCAUUUCUUUUCUCUGUCUAUCCAUCCCUCUCAUCCAUCCUUCUGUCUGUGCUUAAAGGACUGUCUGUCAGAUCAAAUAGAGCAUUAUCGCCAAGUCCUUAAUUACUGUGGUGGCCUGUCAUUUAUUUAUUUGAAAAUAAAAGAGAGCCGCACACUCUAGGAGCUCAGAUGCAAAAAUUUGAUGAAGACAGCUUGGUUGUCGAAACGUUGGUAAUUCAAUUUUUGCAUCUGAGCUCCUAGUGUGCGGCUCUCUUUUAUUUUCAAGUUUUCAACUCCGCUAGCCAGCACGCUAGCCAGCACGCUAGCCAGUACGCUAGCCAGCACGCUAGCCCCAGCACGCUAGCCAGUACGCUAGCCAGCACGCUAGCCAGUACGCUAGCCAGCACGCUAGCCAGCCCAGCACGCUAGCCAGUACGCUAGCCAGCACCUUGCCUAAAUAGGUGUGCGUUUAUUUUUCUUCUAGAUCUGUCAUUUAUUUAUACCAACAUAAAGCCUGUAUACAUUCAGGCUAUAGAUUAUAUACGCACAAGCUCAUUCAUACCAGACCACUGGCAUGGUUGGACAAUUAUUACUACAUUUAAGUGUGCACUAAUUAUGAAUACGGCAGCAAAUUCUGUUAUUUCUCUUGUAUGCACUGAAAAGUAUUUGGACUCUUGAAAUGUUUUCUAAUGGAAUAUUUUAGAAAGAUUUGAGUUUAAAUGUAUAUCAUUUCUGCCUUAUUUAUAAUAAAUCUAGGAUACAUAUUUUGCAUAUUAAAAUGUUAGUGUAACUUUCAAGUACGUUAUUCACCAUGUACCAGCACUCAUUGAUAUACAUACUGACACGAUACUAAGGAACAGUUUUAGCUGUAGAAAUUAGAAUACACUUUCAAUAUUUACAUUCAUGUUUUCAGUGUUUUCUUCCUUUGUAUGGCAUGGUGAGAACAAGAGGCACAUACCUUCAUACGGUAUGCUCUGUCAGUUAAGCAGCUAGGUUCAACCAUUUAAUAUGGACUAAGUAAUAUUAGCAAUGUCAAAAUAUAUUGCUUAUAUAUUAAACUAAAUGUUUAGCAGCUCUUUUGUUAUAGAUAUGUGGUGAAAUGUUUAAUACAGAAUGUCAAGCAAACAUCAUCGUUUUACCCUAAGAAUUCUGCAAGCGGGUAAUAGUCAUUAGGGAUAUGAAUAGAAACAAUCUGCUUUAUUGCUUUUUCUGUGAAGGAGACAAUGGAGCUUUUAAUAAAACCUAUGCAUCACGAACUUCA